GAGGCCCUUUUUUUGCGGAUCGGAGCUUGAUCUUCCAAACAUGAGUAACAUGAGCGCCAAUGCGAUGGGCGCUGUGCCCUUUGUGGAGCUGACGGAAGCCUUUGGAGGCGACGGAGCGGUCCUCUUCGGAAGCGAAGGAAGCGCCAUCCGCUUGGUCGCGGAGGGCUUCAGCUUCACAGAAGGGCCUGCUUAUGAUACUCAAAGCGGCUGGUGGUACUGGUCUGACAUCCCAGAAAGCCGCCUUUGGCGCUAUCACCAAGAGCAUGGGCUGCAACUCUUUCGUGACCCAGCUGCCAAACCGAAUGGAAACUGCUUCUACAAUGGAUACCUGGUGACUUGUGAGCACGAGACCAGGCGUGUGACCCUCACUGAUUUGGACGAAAGCUCCCCAUCCCCGAAGCGUGUUGGCCGAUCGGAAGCGGUGGUGUGGCAGUUUGAAGGGAAGAAGCUGAAUUCUCCCAAUGACGUGACCGUGCGAAGUGACGGGACCAUUUGGUUCACCGACCCCGAUUAUGGCGUCGUGGCCAAGAUGGGUCAUGGAAAUGCUAUCGAACAGCCUCACAACAACGUCUUUUGCUUCGACCCUGCCACCAAGCACUUGAGGAGCGUCUCCAAGAACGAAUGCCGGCCCAACGGUUUGUGCUUUGAUCCCUCCGAGACCUAUUUGUAUGUGGCAGACUCAGGUGCCUGGUUCCAACGCCUUUGGCAUCCAGAGAACCCGCAUGAAGUCGUCCGAUAUAGAGUGGAGGCUGAUGGAAGCCUAUCGGAUCGUCAGGUGAUCAUCCAGCUGUCCAAGGACGCAGGUGGAAUUCCUGAUGGACUACGCUGCGACGCGGAGGGCCACAUCUAUGUGGCCACACUGGAGGGAGUCCACAUCUACACGCCCACGGGCACCCUGCUGGCGAAGAUCCGUACACCGGAGACCACGGCAAACCUUUGCUUUGGUGGUCCGAACAACACCACCUUGCUGCUAACAUCCACGAGCUGUGUUUGGGCGGUGGAGAUGCAGAUUGCAGGGGCCAACGUGUCGAACGUGAAGAAAGAGAGAGGGCAGGAAGAGAUCAGAAACAUUGAUCGAAGAGAUCCGUGAAGUAAAGAGCUUUGAGAUUUUGAUUCUUGCAAGGGAUAGUGAAGCAUGUGAGAACCUUAACGCCAGUUGGGAUGGAACCACCACAUUCAUCGUAUUCCCCG